GAGUACCACACAUACACAAACACACGCAGGCGGCUUCCUGGAUGGAAACAAAGCACACACACAUACACACACACACUGAGCGGCUGGGAGCAGGACGUGUAAACAUGGGCUUGUUGCCUGUGUGAGCUGCUGCAGCAGUGGCGCAUUUACCGGCGGAUCUGGAUCUGGACCAUCCGGUCCCAGGAAGGUCCUACAGGCAGCACAGGGGACACAGACAAGGAGUAUGACGGCUGUAGCUCUUCUCCGUCCCUAGCAGAAGGACGAGGACAGCUUGACUUCUUCCUGUUUCUCCUCCACCCCUGCCCCGUGCCCCAACAUGGCUAGCAGGAGUCCCACCCUGAGCUCAGAAGCCAGGGAUUCCCCACCUGGGACCCCCAUGGCUCUUGACUCUCUGCUGGGGCCUGAGGUCUUUUGCAAGCUGUGUCUGAGUGAGCAGCCGUCAACAGCCAGCCAGCAACUGCAAACAUGUGACUGCAGCUUCUGCACUGCUUGUCUGCGGCAGUAUGUUCAGCUGGCCAUCAUGGAGGGUGGGGGGGCCCCCAUCACCUGCCCAGAUAUGGCCUGUCAAAAGAGUGGUGUGCUGUUGGACUCUGAGAUAUCCCGCCUGGCUGCAGCUGAUCAGGUGGAGCUGUACCAGCGGCUGAGGUUUGAGAGAGGUGUAAAGCUGGACCCCAGUAAAGCCUGGUGUCCUGUUGUUGACUGUCAGGCUGUGUGCAGCGUGGUACCAGGCACUGAGGGUCGACCCACAGCUGUUCCCUGCCUCACCUGCCACACCGUCUUCUGCUCUGGCUGCGGCGGACCGUGGCAGGACAGUCACACCUGCCCUGAACGCCAGCCCAUGAUGUCACCCUCUGUGUCUCAUGAAAGCAGGGUCAGAUACGACAGCCAGUCAGAAGUGCCCAUCAAACAGUGUCCUAUGUGCGGUAUUUACAUAGAGAGGAACCAGGGCUGUGCUCAGAUGCUGUGCAAAAGCUGCAAACACACCUUCUGCUGGUACUGUCUGCAGAAUCUGGAUGGUGACAUCUUCCUGAGGCAUUAUGACAAAGGGCCGUGCAGAAACAAGCUGGGCCACUCCAGGGCUUCUGUCAUGUGGAACAGAACACAGGUUGUAGGUAUUCUGGUAGGAGUGAGCAUCGUCGUGUUGGUGACUUCCCCGCUCCUUCUUCUCGCCUCACCAUGCAUACUGUGUUGUCUCUGCAAACCCUGUAGAGGGAUGAAGAAGAAGAAGAAAAAAAAGAAGGAAAACAGUCAGCCGGACUCCUCCGCAUCAUAGCGGCGCAGCUGCUCCCUGACCUGACCCAAGAUCACUAAUGAAUCCUGAGAAAACCUUGGUGGAAAUAUAUGGGAAUAUACAAAGGAAUACAUUUCCCCAGCUCCACAGACUGCAGGCCAAUAUGACAAGGUGCAAGGAGAGGAUGUCUUUCACGCACACACACACUCGUGCACAUGCAGUUAACGCUACCUUCAUGUGCCAAACAUCAUGAUGCCAAACCAGAGAUGUUAGGUGCUCAAGUGCCUCACUCGACAGUGCCUGGUGCUUGGUCGUGUUUGCUUUGCCUUCCAUUAUCUCUUUAUCUUAUGCAAAACCUUUAGCAAAAUAAAAAAAAAUCCACAGCUGUUGGAUUUUCACAGGGUUGUUAUUCCCUCGAAAAAUAAAAAUGCAAAACAGUCUUUCUUUCAAAUUGGGAGGUGAUGAAUGGCAUAAUGUAUAUGCACUGUAUAUUCUGUACUGAGAAGACGUAAAAUAGGGCUCCAUUGGUGCACAGAGAACUUUACUCCUGGUGGUUGUUCCAGACCAAAGGCUCCAAAGGAUAAUGUGUAUACUUUUCUACAGUGUGUCCAUGUGUAUUUAUGACUAAUGUGUGUGUGGUAGGCUGUUAUUAUUUCUAUGUUUCUGUUGAUGUUUCUGCAUCAGAUGUUUUUUAAAAAGGCACCAUUGUAUAAAUAAACACACUGUAUUGAACAUG